CUCAAGAGGUAUUUAAAUACAAAACAUAAAGAAAUGAGUUCAAAGUCGAAAGAGUUUUUGGAAAGAAAGCAUGUUGAUUUAAAAGGCCGUCAGAAGCAGAUCUUUCAAGUGUCACACAUAAAUACUUUUGCUAUGCGGGCUUCUUAUAAAGUAGCACUUCGAGUUGCUAAGGCUGGAAAGCCAUACACUCCUGGCGAGACGCUAGUGAUAGGCUGUAUUAAAGAUGUCUGCAUGGAAAUGCUGGGCGAGCCGGCGUCUAGGAAAGUGGCUCAGGUGACACUUUCAAAUGACACUAUAGCUCGACGAAUUCACGAUCUGGCUCACGAUGUGGAAGAUCAGCUCAUAGGACAGAUUAAAUUAGCAAAGUACUUUUCUUUGCAGCUCGAUGAAUGUACAGACGUUGCUAAUAUGGCAAUUCUGCUGGUGUAAGAGCGCUUUAAACAUGAGGGUGAUUUGAAGGAAGAUUUUUUUUUCUCUGCUUCACUACCAACAAAAACAACUAGUUCUGAAGUGUUCGAGACUGUGAGAGACUACAUCGUUAACAAAUGUGGGUUAGAUUUCAAGUUUUGUGUAGGCGUAUGUUCUGAUGGCGCUGCCGCACUGAUAGGACGGCAUUCGGGAGUGGUUACCCAGAUCAAGGUGCUUGCCCCCGAAUGCAAGUCGACUCACUGCUUCCUUCACACAGAAAGUCUUGCAACAAAAAAAAUGUCAACAGAACUAAACAGUGUGCUCAUCGAGGUUGUAAAAAUUGCUUUAAAUUCGAGACUAUUCACUGCAUUAUGUGAUGAUGUACGUUGGUUAUCGAGGGAAAAAGUCCUGUCAAGAGUAUUUGAGCUACGAAACGAGCUUGCCGAGUUUCUUCAGGACAAAAAAACAAAUUGGUCACAAUUGUUCCGAGAUGUGGCUAGGCUAGCCAAGCUGGCUUAUUUGGCUGAUAUCUUUGCCAUCUUUAAUGAUCUCAACACCUCCAUGCAGGGAAGGAUGACUUCGUGUUUUACAAUGGCAGACAAGAUCGACGGACAAAAACGAAAGCUAGAAGCAUGGAAGGGUCGAGUGUCAAGAGAUUGUUAUGACAUGUUUCACCAAUUAGUGGCAGUCAUCGUCGAUGCAGGCGAAGACCUUAAUGUUACAUCUCUACGAGUUGUCAUCAGAGAAGACUUGACGAAUUUGGCAGAACGUUUUCAGCAUUACUUUCCAGCAGAAGAAGAUCCACGGAAAGGGAAUGGAUGGAUCCGAAAUCCGUUUAUGCCAUUGAGAGAUGACUCGAGUGUUACUAUGGAGGAUAAAUUGUUGGAGCUGGCUGCUGACGAAGGAUUGAAGAUGAGUUUCGAAACUACAACAUCACUUGGUUCCUUUUGGAUAAAAGUGAAAGCAGAAUAUCCUGAGCUUACUGAAAUUGCUCUGAAAACUCUUCUCCCAUUUCCUUCAACAUACCUCUGCAAGACUGGCUUCUCAACCAUGAGUGCCAUUAAGACAAAGUACAGGAAUAGUAUGGAUAUUCAUUCUCCAUUGCGCAUGUCACUGUCCUCUAUUGAAGCACGAUUGGAUAAGCUGACAAAGAAGAAGCAGCUCACCUUUCACAUUAGUAAAGGUUAA